CGGGGCGGAGGCUGGGGCCAGACUCCUGGCGAAUAGCAGCUCGCAGCCGGCCCGGAUUGGAGCAGCCUCAUCACGCUGACCUCUGCCUGGGAUGUAAACCCCACGGCCCGCCACGGGCACAGGAGAGCUCUCGGCACCUCCGGGAAAGCCGUCUCGGCCUCCCCUUCCCACCCCCUCCCCCGCUCCAGCCGCGGCCGGCCGGCCCAGCCUUGACCUCGGCGGCGGCGGUAGCGGCGACUACCAGCGGCGGCGGCGGCGGCGAAGACGCUGAGCGAGCCGGGUCGGUCGCGGGCGGGGAGCGUGCGUCGCUUCGCACAGGCUGCGAGAGGAGGGGCGGCGCGAGUCAUGGCCGGGGACAGCGAGCAGACCCUGCAGAACCACCAGCAGCCCAACGGCGGCGAGCCCUUUCUGAUCGGCGUGAGCGGGGGCACGGCCAGCGGCAAGUCUUCCGUUUGUGCCAAGAUCGUGCAGCUCCUGGGGCAGAAUGAGGUGGAUUACCGCCAGAAGCAGGUGGUCAUCCUGAGCCAGGAUAGCUUCUACCGGGUCCUCACUUCAGAGCAGAAGGCCAAAGCCCUAAAGGGCCAGUUCAACUUUGACCACCCGGAUGCCUUUGACAACGAACUCAUCUUCAAAACACUCAAAGAAAUCACCGAAGGAAAAACAGUCCAGAUACCCGUAUAUGACUUCGUCUCCCACUCACGGAAAGAGGAGACGGUCACUGUCUACCCCGCGGAUGUGGUGCUCUUUGAAGGGAUCCUGGCCUUCUACUCCCAGGAGGUCCGAGACCUGUUCCAGAUGAAGCUUUUCGUAGACACAGAUGCGGACACUCGUCUCUCUCGCAGAGUGUUGAGGGACAUCAGCGAAAGAGGGAGGGACCUUGAACAGAUUUUAUCUCAGUAUAUUACGUUCGUGAAGCCUGCCUUUGAGGAAUUCUGCUUGCCAACCAAGAAGUAUGCCGACGUGAUCAUCCCCAGAGGUGCAGACAAUCUUGUGGCCAUCAACCUCAUUGUGCAGCAUAUCCAGGACAUCCUCAACGGAGGGCUCUCCAAGCGGCAGACCAACGGCUAUCUCAACGGCUACACCCCUUCACGCAAGAGGCAGGCAUCAGAAUCCAGCAGCCGGCCACAUUGACCCCUGUGCCCUGACUCCAAUUCCCAGCCCCCAGCUCCAAGCCACAGGAGGGUCGAGAGGCUUUGGUCAUCUGUACAUACGCCUCCUUUGAAAUUACUGUAUUUAAGAAAACACCGCGAAGAUGAAUUGCCUUGAUUUUCUUGUUUUCCUUUUUUGUACUUUGGAACAGCAAAUCAAACAGAACUUGACCCUGAGCUUAAGUGACAAACUGUGCCAACUAUUACUGGUGAUGCCUAAUUAUGACUCCAACGUGUAACCAGUUAUAAAUACACAUACAUACAUAUAUAGAAAAGGAUCUAUUUUUGUGUAAAUGUACAAAUACUGUAAAGCUGUUUGCCAUAAGUAUUCUACAGGAACCUGUGCAUGGGUGUUGGGCCUGGAGCCCCACUCAGCAGGGCUCUAUGCUCUGGCAUCUGGGGAGCCACGGGGGGGUGGGUGGUCAAUUGGUUGAUGUCCCUUGCUCUCAGCACUCUGGGCCUCAGUAGGGAUGGGACUCAACUCUCAAGGCCCCCCUGACAGAUGUGCCCUCCUUGAAACUGGAGCUAAGAGAGAUACUUUUGUUCUUUUUUUUUUUUUUUUUUUUUUUUUUGGCGGGGGGUAGUUGAAAUUAAACUUGAUCUCGACUCAAAAACUCAAUCUCAGGGAAGAGGCCCACUGAAGAAGACCAAUCUGGCUGCCUUUCUCCUUGCCUCACUCUGGCCCUGUCAGCCUGGGUGGCUCCACGCCUCCAUCCUUCUUCUGCUGUCUGUCUCCUAGGAAGCCAGCGCUGUCUUUUCUGCUCUGGGGGGUCGGGGGGAAUUUUUAUAGGAUCUCUUCCUGCAGGAAAAGAGAGUUAGGUGUUGGGAAGGGUGGGAUUGUGACCCUUGGCAUGUUUAAGGAAGAACUGCCUCCUAGGGAAGUGAGUCGUCAGGUUGUCUGGACACAUUAUUGGCUAUGGAGCUGCUCUGUGCAGUCUGGGCUUUGGUUAAGGACAUCUGGUGUUGACCACUGACAGUGGCUUAUAGGAUGCCCCUGGGAGUUCCACCCAUGGAGCUGGCAGUGACUUUUUGUCCCUUCUGAGCUGGAGCUGUUCAGUAAGACGAGGACAGUGUGUGUCUCCCAUCCGAGAGUCCCACGAGAGCAGUAGUGUCAGGGUGAUUGCCUGAAUCCCACCGUCCCAUGUUAAUGUGGUGGCUGCCCAGCAGGAAGGGGCUAGGAGAAGGGAACUAUUUCUUAGAAGAUAUUAAGGGAGGGUAUUUAAAUCAUGGGUACCUAAGCUGGGGUUUUAUAUUGGAGAUGCCCGAGGUAGGGGCUUUCAGCUUUCCUGAACACUUCCUCUUGGUGGGAACUCCUUCCUGGAGGAAGCUGAUGUGCUGAGAAGAAAACUGGAGAAAAUGGGGACCAAGCGAGAAGGGACAGGUGUGUGAGAUAGAGGCCUCAGAGCCAAGGACUGUCACGUUGGUGGUCGCCAUCCUGCAGUUUGUAGGUCACAUGCUUAGUUACUGGUACCUGGACACUGCGGAGCCUCCUCUGUAGGUGGUGCUCAGCCCUCUGAGCUUCUUACUCCGUUCCUUUCCAACCUGGCUGAGGUUUCCUUGCUGUUUCAGCACCGUCCAGUUCCCUAAUCAGGAUUCAAAUUUGCCUCCAACUCUGAUUUUCUAUUUAAAAGACAUGAACCUAGGCCUUCAUAGAGCUUUGCCGUUUUCCUGAGGCACCGGGAGGCCAAGGCGCAGGCUCUGCAGCGAGUUCCCAUGAUGGCAGCUGCUGCUGGAGCAGGGAGCGUUUGGCUCAGGUACCUGUGGGGAAGGCACACACUCAGCAAGACAGAUGUGUCCUAGAGUGUCUGGGGGACAGUCUUUAUCACAUCAACUUCACGUUUGCGGUAAUCCUGAGAUAAAAGGUAGGUUAGGGCCUGACCUGGGAUCCCAAGGACAAGGGCCUUGCUGGGAUGGCGUGUGCUCAUGGGAAACCCAUUCGUGUCUGCAAGAGCCUUGGCCUCUCAGUGGCUAGCAUGCUCAACUUUACUUGAAGCUCCCAGGUGCCAAACCACUUAGUGCCUUGGCUGUCUAUCCCACUGCCGUGGAAAAUGGAUUCUUCUCAUCUCUGAGCCUUUACUUAGCCGCUUCCUCAUCUGCCUAAGGUGUUGGGACCAAACCUCCAGGGCCUCAGAGCAGCCCGUUCCUAGCUUGGACACAGCUUUGGGACUACCCUGUCCCUACUUCCUGGGAAACUAAGCAAUUCUGACUUGGCUCGAAGCAGUGUUUGCUGUGUGCAGGGAAGGGAAGGGGGCUCUGCUGCUCUGAGGCUGCCCAGCUUUUGGCCAAUUGUGCAUUUGAACUUGAACUUUGUAUAGGAAACAUUGUGGUCUGAGUCUUGAGGUUCUGGGUUUCCAAUUCCGUUGGAGAGUUGGAGGUAAACUUACUAAGAAACCAUGGCAUUUGUGGUUCUGAGGACUUUUAGCUGUUCAGAGAGGAAGGACAGCUGAGCGGUGCCACGUAACAUUAAUCACAGGUGCACAAAUCCCUUGGCUUCAGAGCCACCCAAUGGUGCUCGCUUCUCCCUCCUGGCUCACAUACUGUCUUUAGGAAACAAGCUUCUAAGCCUUGGGUCACAGGAAGGCCCAGCCUCACACUCCAUCAUGCUAAAGAAACUCAACUAACUGUGACUUCUCUUUGGGGAACCCGAGGCUGGUGUGGGGGGGAAAAAAGAAAAAAGACAGGAAUCUGAGUUAGAGCAGGCCCUGGAGAAGGGCGUGGGGUCAGGCCUUAGGGGGAGGGCGGUGUCCAAGUCACCUGUCUCAGAACUAAUUAAUAUUCACGAUGGUGGCUACUGAGAAUGUGGGGAAGUUGCCUCCAGCUUGCUCUAGCCAAGGUGGGUUGCCUGUCUUGGGAAGCAGCUGGGUCAGGUGUUCCGCUGAGUAGCCACGAGGGACUGGUCCACGCUGACUGCAAGCCUCUUGCAGGGAAGUGUUUUUCAUUGGGCUGCCUGUGGAGAGGCUAAGGUCAGUCCGGGGUACACACAGCCUGGUGCUUCUGGGAAGGACUGGCUGACCUCUGCCGUUUAUCCUUUUACUCUGGGCAGAUGACAAUGCUUGUGUUGGACAAAACAAGGCAGAGAGCAAGUUGGGAAAGGCACAGAUGUUGGAUGCAUCUGGAGUGUGCAGGGCCCCAUUUAGGACUCUGGCUCUGGGCCUGCUCUGCUCUCAGGAUGCCAGGCACAGUGACAAGGUGUUAUGGCAGCUUCCUGUUCUCUCAGGCAGUGACUUCCCAUCCAGGCCUGCCUCGGGAGCGAGGGUGAGUGGCUAGGUAGAUACCUAGGCUGUUCUUUUCCUAGAAGAUGCUGUCUCUUCCCUUCUUGGUUUUACUGCCCUACCUUUGUUAGUGCUAUGAAAUGACCACAUCCUAUGUACUUGCUGUAAAUAAAGACGGACAA